AUGAACCAAGGAAAGACAUAUCUGGUCACAAGCUUAGAUUUAUCACGUAAGAUUGCUUCGUGCUACGUGGCUGAUUUGAAGUAUUACACAAAAAGCCGUGAUAACACAGAUAUUCAUGUCAUCGGCAGUAAAUAUGCUUAUCGGCCUCAGCUCUCCAACAUCCAGUUCUCAAGAACACCAGCCCGAGGAGAUCCUUGCAAAGUAACAGCUACAUGGUUAGGGUACCAUUGUGUAUCUAGAGGAAGCAAUGAGAUAAUGGAAACAGUUGACCAUGUACUUCCUAAAUAUUCUUAUGAGUCACAGGCAGUUUGGGUUCCGGUUCCACAAUCAGUAAAAGAAGCUGUAAUUAUGAAAGACCUUAAUUUCCGAGCAGGGCAGCAUGCUGCAUCACAUGUUGUUCUAAACGUUGUGCCUUUACGAAUAAUAUGCAACUUAUCAGACUUGGCUCCAGAGUGUAUAGACCCUGAAUACACCCGCUAUUACCCGGAAAGGAUUCUAUUAUAUGACCGGCAUCCCGGAGGAAGUGGUGUCUCUGUACAGGUUCAGCCGAUUUUCAUGGAGCUCUUAAUUGCUGCUUUGGAACUUCUUACAUCUUGCCGCUGCUCAGAACAUGGAGGCUGCCCUAAUUGUCUUCAAAGUUUUGCUUGUAAGGAGUAUAAUGAGGGUGAAGUUAAGAGGAAGUUAAGUGAUCAGGAAUCAGAGAGUGGUACGAGUACGAGAAAGUUCCAGAAAUAUAAACGUUGUGGUGAUGAACAGAUGAAGUGA